AUGAGGCUCAACGUUAAAAAGUGUGUGGUGGUUACAUAUAGUAGAGCUAGAAGGCCUGUGGAUUAUAAUUACUGCCUAAGCAACCUGCCCCUCGCUAGAAGUGACAACAUUCGAGAUCUGGGUGUUGUACUGUCUGCGGAUCUGAGUUUCUCACGCCAUAUUGAGGAAAUUUAUUCUAAGGCCACCAGGAUAUUGGGACUCAUCAUGAGAUCCUCUAGAUGUGGUCUGAGUAUAGAGGCGCUUCGCACACUGUACAUUUCUUUGGUGAGGUCAAGACUUGAAUAUUGUAGCUCUAUAUGGUCACCCCACCAACAGUGCUACAUUGAUCGUCUGGAGAGUGUCCAGUGCCGAUUUCUACGUCUUAUUGGGUGUAGGAUGGGUUACAUGUACCGGGAUGUACCUACCCAGGACAUCAGAAGGUUUCUUGGACUUGAUACCCUGGCCAAGAGGAGGGAAAUCAGUGAUGCCAUGUUCCUGUUCAAGAUACUAAAUGGACGAAUCAACUGUCCUGAUCUGCUUGCGCUGAUUGACCUGCAUGUUUCCCCACCUAGAUCCACUCGUUCCAAUGUGCUGUUUGCUCGCCAACACUGCUCCACGAACUAUGAACUUUAUAGCCCUCUGCCUAGACUGCAUCGACUCGGCAAUCGGCUCUGUCAUUAUGUGGACUUCUUUGACUGCUGUCCACGGGUUGUCAAGAGGAUUGCGUCUUCGGUUCUUGAGGAACAGUAA